AUGUCUUUCUAUCCUCCAGCCACAUCAUCAACGCCCGCAAGGUCGAAUACUCCCGACCAGUAUGAUCGAGAUUCAACGGGCGACAUCGAUGGCAAACAACCAGUGAAGGAGACAGCCACCGUUACGAACCUAGCAACAGCUGAGACACAGCUGAUGGAAGCAGCGUUGGGAGACUACAUUCUGCGCCUUCUGAGAAUCAGAAAGGGAAAGAGGACGGAUAUAUAUGAUCUCGAUGCGGUUGCGACGCAAUCAAGCAUUUGGGAUUCUGAGAAUGUAGAGGAGCUAAAGAGCCUCCAUAUACACCCGCAAUGGGAAAACUGGUCUGCGUUUGACCCCAGUUUCCGCUGGAGUUGGCGGGAGGAGAAUGCAGUACGGCGAAAGGUGGACUGGAAGAUCAUGAUUUGGGUCUGCAUCAUGUUUGCGGCUCUGAACAUUGAUCGUAACAACAUCAGUAAUGCGGUGUCUGACAACAUGCUGGACGACAUCAACAUCACUCGAAGCGAUUAUAACCUUGGUCAAACCAUCUCACGUGUCGGUUUCCUCGUUGCCGAACUACCUUCGCAGUUGAUCUCGAAGCGUAUUGGUCCGGAUCUAUGGAUCCCAAUACAGAUCUGUAUCUUUAGCCUCAUAUCUGCAAUGCAGUUCUUUCUGAAGGGUCGAGCGUCUUUUCUCGCUACCAGAUAUCUGAUCGCUACGUUUCAGGGUGGCUUCAUCCCUGAAGUUAUUCUUUACCUCAGCUACUUCUACACUGGUAAAAAUUUGCCCAUUCGAUUAGCAUGGUUCUGGAUGUCCUCUCAGCUGGUUGAUAUCGGUGUUGGUUUUGCCGCAGUCGGGUUGGUCUCCAUGCGUGGUAUUCUAGGCUAUGAGGGCUGGCGUUGGUUGUUUUUGAUUGAAGGAAUGUUCACAUUCACUGUUGGCCUUGCGUCUUUCUUCCUGAUGCCGCAGUGCCCGACAAAAACGAAGAGCUGGUUGUUUCCUAAGGGAUACUUCAACGAGAAGGAACAGAAGAUCGUUGUAAACUCAGUAAUCCGAGACGAUCCCCAUAAAGGUGGUAUGUACAACCGACAAGGUCUUUCGGUCCGCCAGAUCUGGAAAUGCUCCAAGGACUACGAUAUGUGGCCACUGUAUGCAUUGGGCCUGUUGUUUGGCAUCCCGAAAUAUCCAGUGUCGCAGUAUUUGACACUUUCUUUCCGCGAUCUGGGAUUCAACGUCAUCCAGUCAAACUUGCUGUCGAUUCCGUACAUCGUCGGCUCCAGUAUUACCAUGCUUCUGAUUACUGCGUUCAGUGAACUGGUCAGCAAUCGAAGCUUCGUGUCCAUGGCAGAAGACGCUUGGCUGCUGCCCUGUUUCGUAGCUUUAAUCGCGCUGAAGGAUCCGAUCAGUGGCUGGGCUUAUUUUGCGAUCUCGACUGUUUUGCUAUCCUUCCCAUACACCCACCCCAUACAGGUCACCUGGACAAGUCGCAAUGCUGGCUCUGUACAAAAUCGAACCGUCUCCGCCUCGUUGUACAACAUGUUUGUCCAAGUGAGCGGAAUGAUUGGCGCCAACAUCUACCAACCCACCGAUGCGCCACGAUACUUCAAAGCCAACAAGGGUCUUCUCGUCGUAUGCGUAUGGGUGUGUCUUGUUCAAUACCCUGGAACUUACUUCUACUACCAAUGGAGAAAUAAGACGAAGGCUAAGAAGUGGGAUGCAUUGACUGAAGAGGAGAAAGACAGUUACAGCACAACUACAAAGGAUGAGGGGAACAAACGCCUUGAUUUCCGCUUCGCUACCUAG